AUGAUGGGUCCAUCUUUCGAUGCUGACCUGCCCGACGGUGUCAUGCCGACGGGCAGCGUGGCAGAGGUGCGCGAUUUCUUGCACGAACUCUUUCAGCCCACCGCUCCUACAUAUUUCUACAUUCAGGUGAGCAAUGAGCAGGCAAGACGGGAGGCAAGCGCAAUGACAUUUGUAGUCGAAGUCCUGACGCGGCCUCUCGUUCUUCUGGCAGCUUUAUUUCGUCGUAGGCGCCAUUCUGAUCUUCUGCCUCAUGGCAUGGUCGGUCGUGCUCCGACGGUUGUACCGAGGCAAGGCUUGGUUUGUGCAAUUUUAUCCAACCCCUCAGGGCACCUUCCUCAUUCCAAAUGCGGUCAUGGCGCUCUGCUCGUUCAUCUUGUUGUGAGCUCCUGCUACUGUGAACGACAGGCAAGUCUGCACGCUAAUCCAUACCAAUGUUCGUGCAGCUACGCUAUCUGCUACAGUGCAUACUGUUUCAUCAACAUUGGCUUUUACAGAGACGGGCACUAUCAGCGACGUUUCUUCCUGUGGCGACAGAUCGUAUGGUACCCUUUGUGGGUCGCAGCAUGGGCCUGCGCUUGGGGCACCUUGAGCGCUUUCCCUGACGCGCUAAGGAUGCGAGGCAAAAGCACGGUCCAGCGGUACAUUUUGAACCCUUGGCUUUUCAACGCAGUCGCUCUCGGAACACCAUUCAUGGUCCUGACCACCAUAUUGAUACCUUCUCUGCUCUGCAACAAACUGUACGACGAGCAGAUCGGCAGGCGCGACGACUGGUUGCGCGCCGCAGCUGCCGCUGAUGCGGGGACGAACCUCACUAAUCUCGUGGCGGAUGCCAAGGAUAUUUGGCUACAAGUGACCAAAGGUGAAUUGAUCCCACGGGACCUUGACCGGACCGCACAUCAGACUGAAGGUCUUUACCCUCCCUCUCGACACUUGCAGCGUACUGGUACUACCAAUUUACCAUGAUCACCUGGACCUGUUGGGCGUGCAUCAUCGUCAUCGUGUUCGUGCCCAUCGGCUUUCACACGCUAUACCGAAUCAGACAUCAGGUCAAGCUGGCCGACAAGAAAAGCGAGAUGGUCAAGACUUUCUACCUCUUUCCAAGUCAAGACAUACACACCGCUGUGGGCGCGGAACGAGCCCAUCGUCAAGGACCAGCCCCGCCACUGAGCGCCGAGCCCGGCGCUUUUUCGCCAGGAUCUCCCUUCACCUCCGCCAGCAAGGCUGGCCAGAUCAAGUGGGGUAACGAAGAUGAUGCUGAUGCGGAUGCUGCUGGCGAUGCAACUGCACGUGCCGCGAGCAUUCCGUUGGAGGAACGUCGCAUCGGCUCUGGUGAAGACGAGGUCAUGCAAGCCCAUCCGGAUGUCAUCGAGCAGCUCCGCGAUGCGCCCCAGGAAACGACCACGAUCCUCUACCCUGCAUUGAAGCCCAAGAAGGGCGAAAAGAAGUUGAAUCAAGUCGCGGCAGCUUCUAGAAGAUGUGAACAGCUUAGACUCAUCUACAGAAAUCUCGUACUGCAGUACUUGAGCAUUGCUGGCGGUGCCACCACCUUUGCUUGCUCAGCUGGCAUCUUGGCCGGAGGCACCUACGCAAGCGCGAGAGAGAACAGGAUCGGCAGGAACCAAGUCAUCGCGAAUCUGCUCGCAGCCUGGGCAGCGUUCGUCUUCGGAUCGGCAGUGCUUGUUGCUGUGACUUGGCGCAGCUUUGACCCCACCUUGACACUGCAGGAAGAGCGCACGGAAGAAGAAACGCGAAGAAGCGGCGAUGCGACUGACUCUACCAGCAAGAAGCGGCGGCGAUCCAGCGCUUUCAAUGCCAGACCUCGCUUCCUCGGCUUCAACUUUGGCGGUAGCAGUGCCAGCCGCUCGCAGUCACAGGCUGAAAGGACGAGCAGUUCAGCUGUACACCAAGCCUCGACGGCGACCACCUCUACCACUGCCGCACAUGAUGUCGACUCAUCCCAAAGUCCAAAGGACAGGGAUCACAAUGGCGUCUUCACGCCUUCACGCACUCCCUCCACCCGACGAGUGUCUGGACUUUCCUCCCAGGACGACGCUACAACAAUGGACAAGGAUCGGCAGACCGAACCAAGCACCAGCGACGACAAUUUGACAGCAUCAGUGCCACCCGUACCACCGCUCCCUCAGCACAUUGUGGAGCCAGAGACGAGCUCAAGACGCUCUUCCUUGGUUGGCGGUAGCCAAAUUGUUAACAAGGCGCGCAUGCUUAGGGGCGUGCCUGGCAGGAUUCGAUCGAGCAUGCCCGCUGCUUCGCCACCGCCUUCCGCGUCUUUGCCCGCGUCUCCAGCUGACCUGGCAGCUAGCUACUCGCCAGGCCAGCAGGGAAGCCCUUCGCAGGGACAGGGCACCAGCGGCGGGGUGCAUUUCGCAACGCCAUACGGCAUGAUCAGCGGCGAUACGCCACUUGCCGGUCUUGCCAUCUCUGACGCAUCACCUCCGAGCAGACCGCAGCGUGCCGCGACGGUCACGUCGAGCCCCAGCCGUUCUCGCGUCGCUGAGACCGCGACCGCUGCAAGCGCGUACUUGACGGGUCGAAGAGGCUCGGCCGGAUCCGUCCGCUCUCCGCCCUCCCUUCAAGGCCAACAGAAUACCACCCUCUUCUCUUCUUCCGCCUCAACGCCAUCAUCUCCACCUGCUGCUGAAGCCCUCGCGAAUGGCUUGCAAUCCCACGACUCGCAACUCAGACCGGCCUCGAGCUGGAGCACGCCUGGUGGAAAUUCACCUUCUCCUGUUCCGGGAAGCAACCGCGAUGUUUUAGAAGCUCGUCUUGCUUUCGGUACUGGUAAUGGCCCUAGCAGAUUUGGCGGCUGGAGAAGCGCCAGCCUUGCGAAGGAGGAGGAGUGA